CCAGGGGGUUGAGAGAGAGAGCGGGGUGUGAGGGUGGAAACUGAAACCACAAAUUAUCGACCUCAAACAACGGCAUCUCCGCUAUUUCGGCACCUACUCCGGUGGAGUCCACCUCCACUCCUCCAGCGAGUCACCACUGGGCACUGGCCACCGCCACCUCGGCCCCGCUCCUCACGUUGUCAUCCGUCCACACUGCACCCGCUCCUCUCCGUCUCCCCAACAGUUUCAUUCCUCGAGGGGGAUCGCUUGUCGGCGGGGAAGCAAAGCUUAGUUCUUGACGCCCAACCUCCCCGUUGCCUAUUCGCCUCAGUGGCAGGAGCUUUGCCUUUCAAUUAGUAGAAUGGUCUUGAUCAGGUUUAUAAGGGAAUUAGGCCCGAAAACUGUACAGGCACGCUGUUUGUUUGAAGGAAAACCAGGAAAAAACUCACCACGUCAACCCAGAUGACAAACCCUGGCAACUCACAUACACAUAAAGGACACCCAAUGGAGCCCACCAAACGUCAUCAUUGCCGAGCUUACCACAAGCAGCAAUAAGAAGCUCUUGCUUCCCACUGUGAACAUCAGCCAAGGACCCUGUCAUGCCACCGCAAACUCACAACAAGCCUUGGCCUCCCAAGAAGUGAUCGUGGCAUGUCAUCAUUGUUGAGCUUCGUUGCACCAAAAAUGAAGCAGCUCUGACUCCACCACUGCAGAUCACCCUCUAGGAGAGCCAAAGACGCACCACAAGCAAGCAACAAACCCGAAAGAGCUUUACUUCGUCGCAAAUUCAAAGGCUUGCAGACAAAUCGAUGCUAGGCAGACGGGCCAAAAGCAUGAGGCCGCUACAGGCCAUCGUUGCCAUGCUCAAGCGCAUCAUGAAGAACAACUCCAAUUUCCUACCUCGAACAAAAAACACUCCCCCUGGCAGCUGCACAAACAUCAAUAGAAACCCCAAGUCGUCGAUGAAGGAGAUUUCAUCCUGUGUUAUCGUUGCCAAGCCAUAUCCCUUGACGCAACAGCUUUGACUUCACGCUACAAGACCAAUCCCCACACGUCAAGCAUGCAUGGAGAAGUGAAGGGCAACCACCAAAGGUGACAUCAAUUGAUGUCUAGAAAAAUUCCAAUAGCAACGCCUUGAGGAAGGCCAUGAUAGUGCCACCAUCGCUCAUCCAAAAAAUGUAUAGAGUUCUCACCCUUGGAGGACAAGGGCGAGGGGCUGGAGAGGAUGCCCCCCCUGACAGCAGGGCAGGAGAGGUGCCGCCUGAGUCGCCCAGGAGAGCGACUGGGGCCCUGGGGAAAGAAAAGGGUGUCUGUCUCUGAUUGCCUUGGCCUUUGGUUCAUACAUUUGCUUUUAUACUUUUCUGUAGUGGGAUAUCAGAUUCACUUUGUCAAAUUAUUCCUUGCAGGAAUUUGGGAAUUAUGUCUCUUUGAGGGGAAUCAAGGGACUUGCUUUUACUUGUCUGGGCUCCAUGUCUAAGUGGGAGCCAGUCACGUUUCAGGAAUCUCUUAGCUUUGUUAAGAAAGUAAAGGCACGUGACUACAUGCUAUACAUAUCAUUGCUCGAUGUGCUCAACCGGAAUGAUCAAAUCCCUCUGCAAGCUUACAGCGAGCUCUCGCUUCUGUUUCAGCAUCACGAAGAUCUGUUAGCGGAGCUGUCGAAGUUCAGGCCCCUCCCAUGCCCAAACAACGUUUAUACACACGGCUCGAUUUGGAUGAUCAUAUUCCUCAUGCCUUUUCUGCUCCUGAGCCUUGUCCUCGCCUUGAGAAGCCAUUGAAGUGUUUCCUGCUCCAUAGACUGUUGCGAGCCUAAAUGAUUUGUCGUAGCACUAACACCUAGUUGUUGUAUAUAGAUAUAUGGAUGGGGUUCUAUAUCCUGUAAUUUCUUUAUGAUCUCCUUGUACGCUCGUGCGCACGGAAAUAAUCGUACAAUAUUAUUUCAGUCGCGGCAGUCUGGCAGUAUGUAAAGCCUAAACAGAGAUCGUUUGACCUCGUCCAAUCGGAAAUUCAGCUUUGUACAGAGAAUUUUUGGUUUUUUUAGUCUAUAUACAGUUUAAACAGGUAUGAACGACAAGGAGAAAUUUGCAGUGAA